AUGCAAGUAUUCGAACAAAUUUUCAAUUUAUGUACGUUGUACGAUCUUGCUCCGUUAAUCGUCAAAUUUCUCAAAGUGAACAAAUAUGAAGAUGCACAUCUUGGACCACUCGAUGAACAUCCUACCGUAAAACGAGUCUUUAAAUAUAAACCAAUACAACGUCAAGUACUAAUUCCUGAAAUAACAAGUGAAGAAAUCAUACAUGCAUUUGUCGAGUUUCAACAGAGUCAUCAACGUAGAAAAUUUCUCUAUGAAGAUUUUAUUGAUGAACUUGUUCAAGAAUAUCAACUAGAAAAACGUGAACAACUUGGCCUUUUUUGUAGAUCUUUUCCGUAUUUAAGCAAAGUAACAAGAAAAUUAACACAAGAAUGGAACAGAUGUGAUAAACGAUUUGUAUCCGAUGAUACUAGAAGUAUUAUAAAUGAAGUUGAAGACAAAUUACGAGAAAUAAAACAGGAGGUGAAAUCAGGAGGAAAUGUUUUUUCUACAAUAAAUGAAACAUCAUUUUCAAAUUUGUCUUCAUCAUCAUAUGAAACAAGAUCGCCAGUAUCUCUCCAAGAUAUAUGUUCCGAUCUGUUCAAUAUUCUCGUUCGUUUUGAUUCGGUUCUGACAAUCAAACAACUCUACGAGAUACAGAAUUAUUUAUGUAAAAAAUAUUCAAUAAAAAAUUUCUCCGAAUUUCGUUUUAAUGAUAAUGAUGAUGAUGAUGAGAACAAUUAUCUUGAUCUUAUUUCAUUUAUUCAUAAACAUCGUGAUAAAAUUGAUCCGCAUGGAGAUUUAUCAAUAUAUGAAUAUAUUUCGUCAACUGGUGAUCGACAAGAAAUCUAUACAUUUGUUAAUCAACUUACAAUGAUUAAAAAUUGA